AUUUGUAUAAAUAAUAUAAACGAGAUCAAAACACACCAGUACUGCUUAAUUUUUAUUUUGACAGAUAUGGCUAGAAAAAGAGAUAAAGACGGAAGAUUAUCUAAAAGAUCUUUAUUUGGAACGCAAGCGUUUAUCAACAUACAUCGUCAAAAACGUUUUUCUUUAUCUCAAAGAAACAUACUGUAGAAUCUAGAGGUCAAUCUGGCGGUAGUAAUACAUAUUCAGUUUCGAACUCUGAUACUGACGAUGAUCAAAUUAUAAAAUCAGUUUGUAAAAUGAAGCCAUUGUCCAUUAAGUCACUUUUUUCAUUUGUUUCCGAAGCUAAUAAAUAUAUUUGUUUGAUGUGUCCAGAAAAUGGAAAACUUAUAUGUGGGCCUGAGCCAAAUCUGCGAAAACAUAUAUUUCAUAUUCAUAGAAAACCGGAGUACCUUUACGAUUCUCAAAAAAAAAAAUUGCUCAAGAUCAAUUCCUUGAAACGCAGAACAGAGAUGAAAUAGAUGAAGCCAUAGUAAAUUGUAUUAUUCAAGAUAGCCGCCCUUUCAACGAUUCUCAUAAACCUGGUAUGCAACUCCUUCUAAACAUUCUUGCUCCGCAUUACAAGCCGCCUCAUCGAAAGACAAUAGCUAAUCAAUUAAGAAAACGGUAUUAUCAAUACAAGAACGAUCUUAAAGCUAAGCUUAAAUUAGUUGCCUACAUAGCACUAGCAACAGAUUUGUGGAAAAAUCGAGUUGGAUCGUAUUGGCUUUGCAUAACAGCGCAUUACUUAACAAAAAAAUUUAAAUACAAAUCAAAAAUAGUUUGUUUUCGUAGGUUUUAUGGAAGGCCAUUAAGUUAUAGACUUACAGCAUUUGUACAAAAAGAAAUUAAUAAACUUGAAAUUGAAUCUAAAGUUAUUUCAAUUACAACUGACAACGCUGAAGAUAUUAAAAAGGCGAUGGGAUCUAUUGCUUUACGACUUUCAUGCAUUUGUCAUAAUUUAAAUCUUGUUUUGAACCAUGGAAUCAAAUUGUGGACUAAACCAUCACAUAACUUAUUAGAUAGCACAGCAGAUGUAGAUGAAGAUCUUAUAUAUUACAAUAAUUAUAAUGAAAGCGAUAUCGAAUCAAAUGGAAAUAGUUCAUCUAACGAUCAAGAAGAAAUUGCAUGCACUUAUGACAAAGAAGACGUUAGCUCAGAUGAUGAAGAAAGUAGCGAGGAGGAGCAGGCGUCAACCAAUGAAAAUGUUGAACAGUUAUUCAUUUAUUCAUCAAGCAUAUUAUUCAGGUUAAGAAAGACGGUAGCUAAUGUUAAACAAUCAAGAAGCAGAAAGCAAACUUAUGAAAAAAUUUGCAAAGUCAGCACUCCGACAAUAUCCUCGAAGAUCAACGCAUACAAACAUUUGUUUGCAAAAUGAACAAAAUUAUUCGAGAAGUGAUAUGAUUGAUUCAAGUAAUGAUGUUCAAUUUCAUGUUUCACCUGAAGUUCCUGUUAAACGCAAAAAUGGGUUUGCUAAGCUUGCAACAUUGUGUGGUUUUAAUCUGUGCGAAGAAAAAACACAGUCAAAGCGAAAUAUAAAAGAGGAGUUAUCCUUUUUCAAUUAUACUAUAAAAGCAAAAACUCGCAAAGAAAGAAGUAACUUAAGCUCGAGAAACUUGCGGUACUCGAUGCUACUUAAAGAGAAGAAUUGAAAUUUUACUUUAAAACUUUGUAUUUAACUGAAAAUGAGGAAAAGUAUUUUAACCAGUAUUUUAAAAA